AUGGGCAGUGUCGUGGUUUUAGUUCCCUACCGCGAAGGGUGCUACCGUUAAACAAGUAUAUGGUUACGCAGCGAAAUCGGGAAACGUAAAACUGUGAGCGCGCGUUGUAAUUCACACGUGCUUGAGACGCAAUAUAUGCAAAUGUUUUGAGCGAAGUGUUUAGACAAACGGCUUUAGGGGACUCCGUAAAGUGACCUUCACAAGCAAUGGCAAGAUUAUUAGAAUAAGAGAGAACUAUAUCGUUAUAUCAACUGCUAUUAUUUUGUUUUGCUGUAAUCUGUGUGAUUAGAUCUUUUAGAGAAUAAAAACGUCUAUAUGGGUAGUUACGAUGUAUUUAUGACGCUUGACACUUUACUAGCUAGCAGGUGUAGGUGCAUGUCAAGAAUAAGGUCAGAAAGUGUUUUAACAUCAAAUAUAUACUAUUAGAAUGAUCUUUUUAAAUAACAAGAAAUGUAAAAUGGUCAUACAGCAUUAAACGUUGCUUCCAAAUUUCCAAUGUUAAAUAUGUCGAUGAUUUAAUUCGAUUUUUAUGACUUAAAUUCUACUUAGUCGUUACACUGUGACUCAUUAAAGUAGUUUUUAAUAAUGAUGUAUUUAAAAUGUGAAUUAGAAUGAAUUUUAAUUGGAACGUUUACAUUAAGUUUAAUCGGGAAACCCAUACCGCGCUACUUCGCGUGAUUUGUCAAAUAGUUUUAGUUAUUUUUAACUAAUUUAAUAUUGCGUGUUCUCUCAUCAGCAUCAAUGUAUGGCGGAAAUAGCGCACAAAAUCUCUCAAAGAACGAGACAAAGAAUUACAAAACUGCAUUUAACCCAAUAGGACCUGAACUCAACAUUUUUAAUGUAUCAUGCUGACACUAAAACUAAAUCGCCAAUAACGCAGACUAGCUCCUCCCAUUGACCAAUCAACGGUCGCUUGAUCUUACUUUAAAGUAAUAAACUUGCGCGAAGUUGCAAUACUCCUCAAAGGAAGAUUUUUGAAACUUACGGUAUUUUUCUCUAAGUCGUUUAGUGCGUUUACUGCCUCACUGUGAUAAAAUUCCUCUGUUAAAAAUAUAUCUUUGCGGGAUGCCUUAUUGACGUCAGCAAGUCAACUAAAUUGAUUUUUAUCGGCAUUGAAAUGUAUUUAAUUUUCAGUGUUCAUUUUUUCUAAUUAAGUCUUAUCCUAAAAAAUAUAAAUGUAAUAUAAAGUAGUUUAAGACCAAUACCGGACAAUUGGGCAAUGCCUCCUUCCGAAAUUUGAAAGGGAAUGUUAAUUAAAUAGCCCCUAUUUUCAGUAAGGUAUUAAGAAGCACUGAAGGUACCUUUGAGGAACACAAUUUAAUCACUUAUCUGUAUAAGAUUUUCAUGUGGGUUUUAAUUCAAAUGAAAGGGUGUGGUCCCAUAUGUCUAAGUUUCAAAAGAAAACGUUUCAAAUUUCAUCAAAAAACAAACUUAUAUGUAUGAUGACAAAAUAUUCAAUUCAUGAAUGCAUGCAUGUUUUCAUCAUUAAAAGAAUUAUGAAAAUUCAGAUUAUGCAUGAAUCUUUUGUUGCAUUGUGCUGUAAUUGGUGUUUUUUUCUGAAUGGGGCGCAAAUAUUAUUUUGUGAGUCGAGUUGCUGUUGCUGUGUAGCUGUGAGAGGGAAAGAAAAUUCUGUCUUCUAAUGGGAGCAUUUAUAUUACUCUUACACGAAGUUUUAGGCUUGCUUUGCAUUAGAGACUUUAACGGAGUUUCUGGCGAGCAGUUAUAUUACUCUUACACGAAAGUUGUUGAAAAGCUUUGUGCUCGCCAAAACCUCGUUAAUUAAACCAUUAAAGAACUCUGCGGAAGAGAGUGAAUAAAAGUAUUUAUCUCAUCACAGCCAAACAAAUAUCAAACUAGUUUACCCACAGGGUAGUGAAUGCUGCCUUGGUAUAGCAUUGUUCCCAAAUCUUUAAAUUUUAUUUUUCGAUACGUUUCUCAAUCGGUAAAAAAAAACUUAAAAAGUAUGUUUAGUGCUUUAUCUGUAAAAUAAUGCUAAAAUGAAGAGAUUUUAGAUGAUACGCCAAAGAGAAAAUGAUGUCUGAAGUUCAGUACGUUUUGCUUAAAUGGCUGGAAAUAUAGCGUCAAUUUUAAGGCAUCAUUGAUAACUGUAUUUUAAUUGGCAAUUUUUAACUAUUAUUUUAUGUUUCUCAACCGGCAGACGCAUUUAAAAAGGUAGCUAACUCUAUAAACUGUCGAGAAUAAAGCUAAAACAAAGUAAGUUUGAGAGGAACGCCAAAAAAUUUUAGGUUUUGAACACUUUUCAUUGCAAAUACGUGACAUUGAAAAAAAAUUGCCUCUUAAUAUUUUAAAGAAUAAGAGUAAGAAAUAUUGGUAAUGAAUUGGAAUCAUCCAUAAUUUAUACACUUGAAUGUGCCGCGUAUGAUAACUCGGCGGUUGAAGUUUCGUAUCGAAAGAGGAACAGCCGAGCAGGUACGAUGGUAGCCUGCUCGCAGGCCGUUGCUAGUACGAUGGCUAACAAGAAUGAGUGUACUUAUCAACUUAUCUAACGCGAGGAAAAGAUCAAAAUGGCAGGUAUGGCUGUGAUAUCUAGUAUAUAAAAUUGUAUAGACAAUUUGCCCACAAAUACGGUGCUAGGUCAAAACGGCCCAAAGUCAAAACGGCCCAAAGUCAAAACGGCCCCGCUUCAAUAAUCAUAUGAUUUAGACCAGGGGUUAAAGGGCAAUGACAAUGACAUGCAGGUGACAUUUAACAUGUGCGAGUGUGCGUCUCACUAAAUUUGCGUGUUUAAUAAUGUUUAUCAACGAAGGCAAAAAUAUAUACAAGACAACCUCACAUGUGGCAUCUGUUCACUUACGCACUGCGUUGUGAUGCAGUACAAGUACAAGUACAAAUACAAAUGAUAAAGCAUUUUUAAAGGCUUUAAAUCCUAAAACAUAAUUAAAUCAUACGGCACAUUCAAGAUUUUACUUUUACUUAUAUCGUAUUUCAGCCGCGUUUAUACUGCUUGGCGCGCAUUUGCUGCGUUAUAUUAAUUUAUAUACCUAUGUUAUAUACAUAGAUUUAUUACUAAUAAAUCAACACUAUGUGAUAAUAUAUAAGAACUCACAAAGUGCAGUUACCUUUUUACAAAUAAACCUUUUUAAAAGCAUGUCAUUGUCAUUGCAGACCAGAGGCAAAAAAACACAACCACAUAGGCCUACCAGAUUUAUUAAGCAAUCGUGAGAUUAUAUACAUGGAAAGAAUAUGGAAAUUAUGUUAAAAGCACCCUGUAUAAUGACGAAAGCACCACGUAUAAUGCUCGAACCACUGCGUAUAAUAGCGAAACCACCGCGUUUAACGCUCGAACCACUGCGUAUAAUAGCGAAACCACCGCGUUUAACGCUCGAACCACUGCGUAUCGACAAACUGCCGUUUGAUCACUUACGCCAGCUAUGGCUUUCCAUAAAAGAAAACCAAAGAUGAAAGAUGAUCACAUUGCUUGUUUGCCUUAUGCCUGUUUAUUAGGCAAGAAUAGCCUGCCGGCCCGGAAGCAGUGCAUUGUGGUAGGCCGAAAUGCGCCGAAACGAUCGAGAUUUCAUCUGCCUUAUAUAUAUAUAUAUACAUAUACAUAAAGAUUAGGUCUGCUGCCUCGCUCGCUCGCUUCACGCUCGCUCGCUACGGCAGCAAUAAUUUUGGCUUCGUAUCCGGCAUACAAUUGAGUUUAAAUUAAAUAAAUUAAAUUAAGUAAAUGUACAUAAUCAGCCUCUGGCUACCGUGCAUAGGGCAUGCAAUAUGUGUAAUGCGAUAUGGCGUGAUCCAUGCAAAUAAUAAUGCGAUAUAUGGCGUGAUCAGGCUAAUAAAGUAGGUGCAGACUUGUAAGCCACCUGAUUCCAACGACCCCCAAACUGCCAAUAGAUUAUAUGUUCUGCUUAUAUACCUCUAUUAUUGGCUUAUGUAAAGAUAUAUUCCCAUUAGUUAUUGGACCCAUUUUGUGCAGUUCAUCAAAUCUAAGUGUGAUAUUCCUUAAAUAAUAAAAGGGCCAUGUUUCGUGCAAUUAAUUUUUUUGUAUCAUGGUUAUGAACGAAUUAUAAUGUCGUUUGCUUUAGAACAUGUAUAAGAGUCCUUAAAGGUGCCCUAUAUUAUAGACUUCGAUACCAAUGCGGUCAUGCGGAAGAAUCUAGUGUGAACUCUUCGUUCUUGAAUAUUACAUUCCUUGCCCUGGUCGUCCUUGCUUCCAUUAUUUCUCCAGAUGUAUACAUGUUUGCCGUAGUGUUCUCAUCAGAAUCCUAAACUGGUUAAAAAGUACACUAUAGUUAAGUUGAUGAAUUAUUAUCCUGUGUCCUCAGCCACUAAUAGACUCAACUGAUGAGUGCGUAAUAGUUUUAAAGAAGAAUACAUUGUGAUAAUCCACCAGAGCCAUCAGGAAUCGUUAAUUAAGGUGCGGAACGUCAGACGAACUUUAUUUCCUUUGAAAAAGGACUUAUAUUUUGCGUAAACUCUGCGCAAAAUAUUCAGACAUUCACAUCAUUGUUUGCAUUUGGAUCACGUCACGUUAAUUUGUGGCACGCCUGAUCUAUGACAGGGUUAUAGAUGACAGCUAAUUAAUCUAACCGUUAAAAAAACACGUCAUCGUGUAUGCGGUCUUUGUUUUCUCGUUUCUCAAUUUUGUUCCACAAUAGUCCUUAUGUUAUCGUCAUAGGCGUCUUCUCUCAGCAAUUAUUAUUUACCGCGCUCUUCAAGAUAGAGAAGAUUAAAUGCUAUUCACAAUUGGCCUGUUGCAACAGGUGGUAGUUCUAGAGAGUUGUGACGAUUUCCAUGAAUUUAUUAAUUCUAAUACGUUCUAAUUUGCACAUCUUGUUUUUCUCGCAUGUGCCUUUUAUCUCUGUUAAUGAGGUUUGAUUUCUAGAAUAAGCAAGUGUCUAUUAUAUUUUUGCCUCCUUCGCAUGCCAGAAAGCUUCUUUGGAAUAACAUACCAAACACCGCUUGAUUCUAUACCUGCAGACACCACUGGUUAUCGCCGGGUACUCCAGGUUCCUCCAAUAACGAAACUGGACCAGAAAAUCAGUAAUGGUCUAUAUGUGAUGCCAUGCUCAUGGGCCAAAACUCGAAUGCUUAGCCACCUGUCUGGCCUUCAAAUCGUAUAUGGUUUAACUGACAAAUUUAUUUAAAUAAUUUUUGUCCGUUCAUAUUUUGUAUAAUAUUACAGUAUAGGACACACAGACAAAUUGUAUAGAUUGUAGAUAGAUUACAGGACACUAGAACAUAUCCGAAGACUCACCCCCUACUGUGUAAAGGGUUUUUGGAUUGCGGGUUGGUUUAUUUCUAAACUGAAGAAUCAGAAACGCUGAAACUUGUGUCAGAAAGAUAUUUACUGAAACUCUCGAGAAGCUAGCUAGAUUUUAUUAUAUCAACUUCCUAAAGUUACGCAAAUUACGCUAAAAGUGUACCGUAGUAACAAGCAGACAUUUUACAUUGUAUAUUGUUGAUGAUAUAGAAUUAAAUGGUGUCGUCACGUAUAUUGUUUUGAAUGAAUGUUGUAAAAAAUGAAAAACAUUUUGCCAACACUUAAUUAACUCACGUACGGAGGAAGCGUGUGAACCUUAACAUAUUAAUUAUAUUAUACUUGAUCAAUGCUUCAUCAAUUAUUGCUCUUUAAUUUAUAAUAAGCGAUGUUAACAUGCAUGAUAAGUUAAUUAACUGAAACGUUUUGUUUGCACUCUGAAACGGUUUGUUUGUAACAAUUGUAAAGGCUAUUCACUUGAAAUUUAAUUGGUUUGUUGUGCCGACAUCACCACGUUUAUGUAUACCACGUAAGGCCAGGACCAUCAUCACUUCAGUCUUCAAAUCAUACAACUCUUUCUUGACAUGCAAGUCUUUUGCUUUGUACAAAGCACCCUAAAAGGUUUUUAAAUCUAUUUUGUUGCAGAUAAUAAUUUCAUCAAUGCAUACUCAAUGAUAAUUAUUUUAUGUUUUUCUUGUAGAAUUUGAUAAAUUUAAAGAAAGAGAACGAAGAAGCAGAUUUUCAGGUUAGUUGGUGAAUACUUUUAAUUUAUUUGUCAGUAAAGUUUUCAUUAGGCGGAUGAAUUGAGGUGUACGACUCCAAUAAGAUAGCGAUGUACAAAUAUGUAUUAAAAAAAUCCAUUUUAUCAGUUUUGUCCUGGGGUUGUCCUUACGAAAUAAAACAGGAUUUAUUAAAGAACGAACAAUACGGCAGCGCUAUAAUUAGUGAUUUACGGGGAGUCGUAGGGGAGGUCAUUACUUUACUGAAAACAACAAAACAGCUCGGGCUUAAAAACAUUAACUAUGCCGUCAUAAAAACGAAGCUCGUGAACCAGACCCCGCACAUGCCUCGUUUUUAUACUUACAAAACCAUUCACAGUACAUGACUGCCCCUUAGCCAAAUCUAUUUUCGAUACAGAAAUGCUUGUUUUGCGUAUUAUAUUCAGAUCGAUACUCACAGACGAUAGGCAGUUUUUAAAAUGUUCUCUCUGAAUGAGAUUAGCAUUGGCAAUUAUCUUUAUUCACAUGGCUAUGUUCUGGCCGGGGCAUGCGGGAUUUAUACAGUCAAGUAAAGAGCCUAUAGUUGUAUUGGAAAACUGUGGGGAAAACAGUCCAUAUAAAUUGUACGGUGCAUGAUGAUAUCAUAACUUAUCAACGUCUGCUCACUGAUCUGAAACUGAAACUGGAUUGACUAUCUAUUGUGUAUGAAACGAAGCCGAUAUUCAAUCAUUACUAUGGCACUAAAAAGCAAUGGAAACCUCUUUCUUGAAAUGUUAUUUACUUGUCAGAAAUACUAGGAAGUUGCCUUGUAUAUAUUUGUAAUGUUUGAAGACGUUCAGCUAUGGGACAUUUCUCAGUACCUACGGUCCCUAAGCUUUGUAAUGCGGAUUCAGUGGUCCAAGAUUACAGUUAACUAUUCUGAAUGACAAUUAUUGGCUGCAUAAAACCGAUUUACACCAAUUUUUCAUAUUUACAAAAUUCCUAUACUCCUCUGAUUGGUUCCCUCUCACAACAUCGCUUACAGUGUGGUAAAUUGCAGUCUGGAGGUUGUUUGCAAUACCGAUCUUCCAAUCUUCAUUUUUCGGCGAAAAAGGCAUGCGCUAUCCAGUAUAGUUUUAAGAUCAGUGGUGACUUAAUUUGCGCAUUCCUCAAAUUUCUAGAACGCCCUUGAUUUUUAUAAUUCGCUUAUUUUACACGUCAUCGUGUCUUGCAAUUAAAUGUUUUGAGCCAAAAAAGGAACACUGCUCGGACCGACGGCGUCUUGUGAUGUUAGCUGGCGUACCUGGCGAUGUUACCUGAGCUUCUACAGGCAUUUUAAUACUUCAUCAUUUGCUGCACUGAUUGCAAUGUAUGAGUGCAAAUGCUGAAAAGAAGAUGUGUUGUCAUUUUGGGACGCAGACACGCAGUUAAUAUUAUCAUGCGAGGCAGAGAUAAUAUACUAACUUCGUUGAACCAAUAUAGAAGAAUUAGGUUUUAUUGAUACAAUUACAGCGCAGCACAAUUAUAUAAAAAUUUAUUCGUUAUAUCCAUGCAGUAAGUUCUUCAGACUCUAGUGUACGAUUAUUUAUGUCAUUCGGGAGUGCAAUUGCGUUUCAACGUUGGCGUUUAUCUGCCUCGUACCGGCCAGGCGUUUACUGCGAUUCUCUUGAGAAAUCGUAUGAGUUAAGGUUGGACGUUUUAACCUAGGCUUUUUUAAGGAAAAUAAUCCUGUCAGUACCGAGUGACCAGGUUAUUUAAGGAGUCAUAAUUUGCGCUAUAUGCAUAUAUUAAGUUUCUCGGAUGUUUAUAUUGGAAGAAUAUUAAUAGUUCUGUAAGAACACCUGUUUGAACGUUUAGGUGUAGGUAGUGCUGCAUGGAAUUUCAUGCAUGGUGCACUGACGUGUGAUAUUGUUUUGUUUUGCUUCAUAUCUCUCUUCAUGACUUUCAUCUUACUCCUUGGUACGUACACAAGAUAAAUAGGAGAUGCGCUGGUCGAUACAACUUUAUAAAGAAAAAACAGAGAAAAUAUGCAUUUAUUAUAUAUAGUCAUUGUAUGUUGGUGUUGCAUCACAGAAUCAUCGUAAAGUCAAUUGAUUUGCCAUGUACUACGAGGACCCAAUUAUUAUGAAUCAAACCGUUUUCUUAAAUUGAAUUCCCAUGCAACCUAUUCCAGAAAUUAGUGGAUCGUGCCCAAAGGUAUUUAGUUUAACUGCUCAAUCUGUACCCCAUCGUAAUCGACAUAUCUUAGUCGCUUACUUCGCGUGCCACGGAAAUUCUUUCGUGGGUAUAUGAGAAUUAUUGAGGAAUCUUCAUUAUGAUGGGACAAACUAAUAGGAUAAUAAAUGUAGCAACAGCUGUUGAACCCAUCUUCUAGUAUCGACUUCCCGCUCCUUAGAUUGUAAUCGAUAUAUUGGCUAAUCUAGUUGGUUGUGUACACCACCCUAACCUGAUGUGGUGGACCCAAUAAUUCCACCGAAAUGGUGAAACCAGGACGAUUUUGCCACCAAUUAUGUCUUAUUCCUGAAAAGUGUAUACUAUUCGCGCUGCAUUUAUCAGUGAAGUGUAAAGGGGAAGUUCAUUGAUUGUUUUAUUUUUAUAAGGUUAUGCUUUUGUAAACACUAUAAAUUAAUUAGCUUUUCCCGCUAUCUGACCGGGCUCCUGCGCUACUAUACAAUAUCAGUAUGCUAUGGCUUGAUAACUUUGUUUAUCUGAUUUCGUAUUCAUACUAUAGAGAGCUGAUAUGUAAGCGGGUACAAGAUUGCAACAUUGCCAAGUUGUUAGUUAUUGUCACAAUUUUACAGUGAAAUGUGUUUCCAUGAGAACGAUACAAUAGUGUCCAUUGAAUUUUGGCACCUAUCUACUGUGAGAAGCAUCUAUCUUCUCUCUUCAAAUUGCGCCUGGAAAAACGCUCAUAAGUUAUAGAAUUUUGUUAUUUGUAGACUGCAAGUUGAACGUAGGCGUUGCCCAACCCAGAAUGUAUACGUAGAACCUUCCUAAACGAUAAACAACUUCUGGUCAAUGGUCAUAUUUUCGCUCGCUUCUCUGGUUUAAAUAAAUGAUUACAAAGCCCAGUCGAAUUGUAAUCAAGAUUCGAAUUGCACGUGUAACUUGGUUUUCGCCAGUAUUUUUAUAGCGCUUGCAUAUAAAGAUCAUGCAACUAUUCUUAUUAUAAUAUUGCGAAAAUUAUAAAUUUGAUAGUAUGAUAGUGUGCAAUAACAAAAAAAUAUUGUUUACUGGAGCUAUUAGUCUUCUGUGUAAAAAAAGUUUGUAUACAAUUUCAAGAGUAAACUGUGCAUUGUCUCAAAGUUAAAUAGCUUUCCCUCACUUGUUAUAUUAGCUGUAACCAUCGUCAUUCAGUGAUAUGAUCAUUCCACCAUACUAGCCGAAGUUGUUUAUGAUUAAUUGACCUGUCAGCAAAAUUUUUCUCUCCAUGAAGUUUGAAGAUAUUAAAUAUUGCUUGAAGGUAUUCCAGAAAUUGGCUAUCUCGUCGCGGGCCGCGCCACACAAAUAGCGUGCUGGAUUGCGAUAUUUGUCUACACUCGAACAUAAUCGACAUAAGUUCAACAUAUUUGCAUCAUGAUAAACUGAAAUUGCCGAAAAUUUUUGAAAUCAUGAGAAGAGCAUAUGUUACGAUGCUCAGGCAGGCGGCAGUUCCUUAUAGAUACCCUAUAUUCUGGACAGUCAACAAUUUUUUUUUUCUUUUCGAACGAAACAUUGUAAUGACACCAGUCCAACUUUACUGCAAUACUUCCCCUUAUUUAUAACCAUCGGUCCUGACAGUUUUUAAUUUCAGGACUCUUCCUAAAGGUAGACGAUUUUACUCAUCAGAAAGAAAGUUAAUUGUAAAGUAUUAAGGGGGUUCGAAAUCAGAUUAUUUCGCUACAAUUCUCCAUACAAAUUUGGGCAAGAGUGCUCCCCCAAGAAAGGAUCAGCCCCGUACCUUAUGGAGGGGGGCGUGGAGUCGUGGACCCACCCCCUCUAACUUUGUUAAUGUUACUAUGCCAAUGAGAAAUACAAUUGCAAGACCGAUUUGUAAUGAGGAGUACAGCAUUUUUUUAAUGAAGAACUGAAUUUCUGAAAUAGAGCAAUAGUGCCAGUGAGUCUACUUUUUCAGAACAAUCAUAUGUGAAUUAUGGUGGUGAUGAUAAUAUGGAUCUAACACCGCUGGGUGUUGAGUCAAGGUGACCGUUACUUCACAAUUGGUCAAGUAAAUGCCCUAAAGAUAUUUUCUUUGAAGAGAAACUAAACUUGCAGUUGAAAAGCACUAUCUCGUAUUAUUUCAGUCUCACACCUGAUAUACAACCUAUUUCAGAAUCAUCGUCAGGGAAAGAUGAUGAUAUAUAAUAAAACGGAUCUAAGGACAUGCAAUGAGCUUGUUGUGCAGUUGCACCAUCGCUACACAGCCGGUGCCACUACGUUGUACUCAGUUGGCCAAAAAAUGAACAUUGGCCAAACAAAUGAAUAUUUUUCAUGAAAAUAAUUCAAAAUGACUUAUGCGUAUAAAGAAAUAUAAUCGUAUUAUUGCAGUCGUGAUACUCUUAGAUAGUCAUCUCUGAGAGACCCUUAUUAUAAGGCUGCUCUCCAGUUGAGUGUUUUUCAUACGUGCGCACGUACACACACGGAAAAAUUUAAAUCCAUUUAAAAGUUUCUUAUGAAAUAAUUUACUGAAUAAAAAAACACAGCGUCAGUUUUGUGUAUGAUUUGAAGUAUAUUUGUUGAGGCAAUUAUAGUACUUAAAAAAAUGUAGAAAGAUUUCAACGUUUUCGUUUGUAUAUGUACUUGUGAGAAACGCUUAAAUGGAAAGCAGCCUUUAGUUUGGAAUGGUAGCGUGAAUGUUUACGAUAAGGGCAAAACAGCAGGAAACCACUGAAAUAUCCUAUACAUAACACAUAUACACCUCGUACUCUUUUUUAUGCAAAACUGUGUAAAGUCAGUGAACAACUUGAGUCUUUACGGUUCUAUGCUUUAUUUAUUAGAAACAUAAGAUGUACAACGCAGGACCUUCAUUGUAUUAACACAGUCCUGUACUUUAAUAGUACAGUGAGUAUAGGAAUAUUGUACAUGAAUGAAUGCAUGCGAAUGAAUACGUUAUUUAAGCAAGGUAAAACCCAUCAGGAUUUUACAUAUUAAUGCGUAAAAAUGACAGAAUUACUGUUCAUAUAUAUUACUAAAUUACAAAUUCUAUCAUUUGUACUAUAAUAAAACAUCUGCAUGCUUUCCAUUUAAGUGUUGUAUAAUGAAGAGUUUAAAAAGUUGAAAUAACUAUACUGCAGCCAAUUUCAAAUUCACCCAGAGUGUUUGCCUUUCACAACAGUUCCAUAUAGCACCGCUCCACUAUAACUGAAGUUAUUUUUUUCAUUACAGAUUGUUUCAUCUAAUCAUGAAACCAUACAUGAUUAAAUUAACCAUUUAGUUGUACUUAGAGUUGCUGUGUGAAAUGGAGAUAACAGUUUCUGAAUGAUAAGCGACUUUCCUUGUCUUUCUCAUUUUUGAUUUCAUGAUUUUUCAGAAAUUACGUAGCUAAUUGUUCAACCAAAGGUAUCUGAGGAAGAAAAAUGGAAAAUCUGUAUCCCCAAAGGGAUUUGUAAAAGGGUUUCAAAUUCGCAAAUGUAAUUAGGAAAAUUGAAAUCCAAACUCAAGAAAAACGAUUUCAUAGCUGUAACUGAAUAGACACGAUGAUUUUUGAAUUUUAAAGAGUGUCUAGACUUCUGACUAUAUUGCGUCAGACUCGUCAGAGACUCAAAGCUUAAAUAAUUUAUAUGCCACCCUCCAUAUAGUAAUGUAAUCUGAAACGCACAUGCGUAUUAACGAUAAACGUAUUAUACAUAAUAGGAAGUAAUAUGGCUUCUUGGAAUUCCUGGAGGUCGAGCUCUUGUAUUUCAUGUACAAAAAUGGUAGUGUUACCAAAGGUAUGAAUGCGUGUUAGAAUUAAGUGCAUGAACAUGCAGAAUCUCAUCCUAUACAAAACAGACCUUUUUGCAUGGUACAUGAUGAUGCCAUAUUUUAAUUACCAUGCUGUGUAUAUUCGAGCUGGCCAUGUCAUGUAACAAAUAUGUUCAGCACUCGAAUUCUUUUAAUUAAGGCUGCUUAACAGGUAUUAAUCUCUCUUUUUUGCAUAACAACAGGACAAUGAGCGACGUAGCACUAUAUAUUUGUAAUUUGAAAUAUGAAAAACAAGCUGAAAAACGUACAAUCCUAUUAUUUGCAAGCUAUAAAACAGAUUUCAUCAUUCCUUUCAACAUACUGCCUGAAUAUCCGGCAAACCCAGGGAGACAGGCAUUUCCCUGAAAUCAGGUAUAUAGUAUAUGCAGGACAUUUUGAACCAAAUCGAUAAUUUGGAACCCAAAAUUUAGAAUAUUUAAUUUAAAAGGCAUUAUUUAUUCAUUCACAUUAUUUUAGUUUAUUUAACCAGAAAAAUCUUUAUCUUUUGUUUCAGCCUAUCAUAUAUAUAUAUAUAUAUAUAUAUAUAUAUAUAUAUAUAUAUAUAUAUAUAUAUAUAUGCCAAAAUUUAGAAUAUUUAAUUUAAAAGGCAUUAUUUAUUCAUUCACAUUAUUUUAGUUUAUUUAACCAGAAAAAUCUUUAUCUUUUGUUUCAGCCUAUCAUAUAUAUAUAUAUAUAUAUAUAUAUAUAUAUAUAUAUAUAUAUAUAUAUAUAUAUAUAUAUAUAUAUAUAUAUAUAUAUAUAUAUAUAUAUAUAUAUAUAUACACACUGAAACUUUGUACAAUUUUUUCUACCUAUAUAUAAAAGCGUUCAAUCGUUUCAAGACAAAAACGUCUCGAUGUCUGAUGUAUAGCUUGUGAAACGUCUCGAUGAGAACAUAUAUAAUUAUGUAUUCUUCAACAUUUAAAAUAAAUGAAUGAUAUUUGGUGAGAAAAUUAAAGUUUAUGUAUAUGAUUCUGUAUCAGAUACUCAAACGCCUUCACGCUCGUGAUUUCUUUGUGCUUUCUUCAUGAAUUAUUGAGUUUCAGAAAUGCGUUAAUAAAUUAAUGCAGCCCCCUUCUUCUCAAUACUGGAUGUAUAAUUCAAAACUCGUUUUAUCAAAUUUCCUGUUCUUGCGAGCAACCUCAAGAAAUAGUUUAACUAUAAAUAGCCGAAUCGUAAGUUGUUGUUGGGCCACCUGGGCGUGAUGAAUAGCCUAACUAAUGCAGUGCGAACACUUACAAUGAUGUAAGAGUAACUGCUCUGAAUAAUGAUUUUCAAAUAUUUAUGCUGUUCACACUUUUUGUUUGUUUAAAACAUUAGUGCGGUCUCCUUCCAUGUAUAGUCGGUCUAGUCAGUCAGCAUUGGGUGUUCACCUCUUUCGGUCUCAUCAAGCGAUUUUCUGCAUGCCUUUUAAUGAUAAUACCUGUCUUAAUUAAUCAGUUCAAAUAUUUAUUUGCAUACCUAUUUUAUUAUCGACCGAGAAGUAAUUGUAUCCUGGACCAAGAUAUGACCACCCAACUCUAAAUACAAAAUUGAACGUGGGUGCAUCUUUAGUGCUCAUAUCUUGUUUGUUGGUCUGAAAUGGUUUUGUGUUUUCUUGUUUGUUUUAUAUUUUCCAUAUAAAGAGUGAAAAUAUUUGGAUAGUUUUGAUUCAAGAGAUCAUUAUGACCGCUUUGUUUACAAAUAUCUUGAUCAGGUUGAACAGAUUUGUGCACGACGUAAUGGGCUUAUCUUUGCACGUCAGAUAGGCUUACUGAAGGAUUUUUGCGCAUGAGCUUCAUGAUUUUUUCAUUGAACUCUGAAAUUUGCCUCAAGGAGUUCUGGAUUUCAUCAUGCAAAUUAUAUUAACUCUCGUACCUUCCGGCAAUAUGUGCAUUGACCAAAACGUGAAUUGAAAUGUAUUUUUUGCUGAGGUGUUUCUUCAGGGGCAAAGCCACGAUGGAAAAGCUAUUGUCAAAGCUUAUCUUUUGUGGAGAUAUUUGUGUCGUUAUCAUCUGCUUUUGGCAUUAAUUGAGCUGCCUGAGACAAGCUAGUUGCGAUAAAAGCGAGCGAAAUGCCCAACAGCUUCAUUUCGAAGCAGACCGAAGAAUACAGCUGGACCUUUGAACUAAGACAACGGUUGUACAGGGUGGAAAGUUUGGAACAGUUUUGAAACUUUGUAAGUUCUUGCUUAUCAUAUAGCUAUAGUGCGUAUAAACGGAAUUCUACAACUAAUUUCCACGUAAUUCAGCAUUCCAGUAAUUAGGAGCCCGCUCUGAAGGAUGGCAUGAGGGCAUGCAUGGUUUAUAUCAUUCGCAACAAUGAUUUGGGUUUGGUUCUGUGGUAUAGCAGAUUAAUUUAACACAAGGGCUUCUCCCCAUUUCCGUUAGCUUCAUCUUGGAACACGCGUGUCAUUUGACUUGAGAAGUUAAUCUGCAAUUUUGCGGUGUCAAAUUAAUGCAUGCGUCUACGCCAUACGAUCAAUAUAUUGGCAACAUAUGGGUAAAUCCACAGGAAUUUUAUUUAAAUUAAACCAGUUUAAAUUUUGCCGCAACUUUGCGUGGCUUACCAAAAUACACAAGUCGCAUGCUUCUGUUGCUUGUUUAUUAACACGAAUCUUCUACAAUUAAGAUCAUACGGGGAUAAGGUUAUUAUACAGCUUCUAUAAUAUUGUUUUCUGUUGUACAUCAGAAUAUCAUACAUUAUAUGCAUAAUUUCUUCUCAUUAUUCUCAGAAUACUCCUAUUGAUACUGGUUUUCUUGUGUCCUGAAGUAGUUGCUCCCUAUACUUGCCAAACCAUGCAUCUUAUCAUGGGCGAUGAAUCGUCCUUGAGUUGAGUCUUGCUCAUUUAAAGAGCAAGACUCAACUCAAGGACGAUUCAUCGCCCAUGAUAAGAUGCAUGGUUUGGCAAGUAUAGGGAGCAACUACUUCAGGACACAAGAAAACCAGUAUCAAUAGGAGUAUUCUGAGAAUGAGAUGAAAUCAUGUAUAUAAUGUACGUAUAGUAUAAAUAUCAUUCUUUAUGUCUUGUUGUCGCGCAUUCUAAUAUGAUUCUAUAUGCAAUGGCUUUAGAGUAGAUUAUUAUUCAAUUCUAGUUUUACUCCUUUGAAAACGCCCUAUACAUGAUGCGUCAAGCAAGUCCUUGAUAAACUCAGACUCUAUUAAUACUACACUCGGCGUUGCCACGCGUGUAAAGUGAGCGUAACAUAGGUCAGUAUGGUUGAGAUGACUUAUUUUAAAUAUAAUCAUGAUGUCUCAAACGUGGGGGUCCAGUAUGGGAGCAAUAUUCCAGAACAAAUUGCCAUAAUUUGUGUCUGUAUUGACUGGAAAAGAUUAAUAAUAUAAACUGUUCCAUAUUUAGAGCUAAGGCCCUUUUCAAGAGGUGCUUCGCUGUCUAAAGGAUUUUAAAUUUUUUCAGGAAGUACAAGCACAGCAAUUUAAUUUAUACAAUAUAUGAUGUAUUGAUGUUCUAAGUCUCGGAUAAAUGUAAGCGCACUUAGGUUAGCUAACUGCUGUGUGACCUGUAUUAGUCCGCCCGCUGGUCCUCCCCCAUGGUUUUGAUGACUCUAUUUAAAUAUUUGCACAAAACUAGAGAAUUAGAUGUGUUAUAUUUUGAUUUCUCGUGUGCAUGCUACUAUCGCCUAGAUGUCGCCAGGUGCGUUUUUAAAGCCCAAAAAACAUUUCAGGUACUCCUGGAAGGCGAAAUAGUUUAGGACGAUCAACAUUCUUUGCCGUAUUCCAACAGGUCGCAUUUCUGUAAAUGUCUAGUCGUUUAAAUAUUACGACAAUGCUUUUAACGCUUAGGAGCAUUUACACCUUCCUGCGCUGACAUGUGAGCGAUUGACGAUUAAUUUGUUACCUAGUGGAACCGCGUUUCAUUACUCUGUAACUUUGAUGAGCCCAUUUGGCUGGGAACUACUGAUAAGACCACUUGGAACAUUUGUACACGAAAUGAUGUUAAAAUGUUCAAGUUAGUCUUGGUUAUGCUUAAAGCUGCGUGCUUAGCUUUACUCUACUCAGCGUGAACUUCGCCCUGACCCCGGAUUUUGGUUUGUUUUUUCUUCGUCAACGGAAACGGGAGUGCCAAUCGUUUGCAUCGACGACAACUGCAUUCUUUGCCACUUCUUUACACUUGCUUGUGAACACUGAAGUCCGACAGGCUGCGCGCGCUGCUCAUGUCACAAGAAUUUCUUAAUUAAAUCGCGAGGAAUCUAAUGGCAUGUAUCUUUUUUAAAUAUUUUAUCUCAGAACUUGGCAGUCACGUCAUCGGGUCUUGUCGAGUAUUAG